GCCGGGAGGAGGAGGAGGAGGAGGAGGCGGAGGACGCGGCGGCGGCGGCGGCGGCGGGGACGCGGUGACUUAGGGCCGCUCCGUGUUAUGAAGACAGCAUGGAGUUCCCAGACCACAGUAGACAUUUGCUGCAGUGUCUGAGCGAGCAGAGGCACCAGGGCUUCCUUUGUGACUGCACCGUCCUGGUGGGAGAUGCCCAGUUCCGCGCGCACCGAGCUGUGCUGGCUUCGUGCAGCAUGUACUUCCACCUCUUUUACAAGGACCAGCUGGACAAAAGGGACAUUGUUCAUCUGAACAGCGACAUUGUUACAGCCCCGGCUUUCGCGCUCCUGCUUGAAUUCAUGUACGAAGGGAAACUCCAGUUCAAAGACUUGCCCAUUGAAGACGUGCUCGCAGCUGCCAGUUACCUCCACAUGUACGACAUCGUCAAAGUGUGCAAAAAGAAGCUGAAGGAGAAAGCCACCACCGAGGCGGACAGCACCAAGAAGGAGGAGGACGCCUCCAGCUGCUCGGACAAAGUCGAGAGCCUCUCGGACGGCAGCAGCCACAUGGCGGGCGACCUGCCCAGCGACGAGGACGACGGCGAGGACGACAAGCUGACCCUCCUGCCCGGCAAAAGGGACUUGGCGGCCGAGCCCGGCAACAUGUGGAUGCGCCUGCCCUCGGACUCGGCGGGCCUGCCCCCGGCCGGCGGGGACGCAGAGCCACACGCCGCGGCAGCUGGAAAAACAGUGGCCAGCCCCUGCAGCUCCACAGAGUCUUUGUCCCAGAGGUCUGUCGCCUCCGUGAGGGAUUCGGCAGAUGUUGACUGUGUGCUGGACCUGUCUGUCAAGUCCAGCCUGUCAGGAGUUGAAAAUCUGAACAGCUCUUAUUUCUCUUCACAGGACGUGCUGAGAAGCAACCUGGUGCAGGUGAAGGUGGAGAAAGAGGCUCCGUGUGAGGAGGGCGAGGUGGGCGCUAAUGACUAUGACAUGGAGCAUAGCGCCGCGAAAGAGAGCGGGGGCGCUAACGCCCGCGGGCCGUACGAGCCGGCGCACCUGGCUCCGCUGCGGGAGGACUCGGUGUUGAGGGAGCUGGAGCGCGAGGACAAGGCCAGCGACGACGAGAUGCUGAGCCCGGAGCACGAGCGCGGCCCGGCCGAGGCGGCCGUGGACGGCGGCCUGCUGCCCUACGUGUCCAACAUCCUGAGCCCGGCCGGCCAGAUCUUCAUGUGCCCGCUGUGCAACAAGGUCUUCCCGAGCCCGCACAUCCUGCAGAUCCACCUGAGCACGCACUUCCGCGAGCAGGACGGGCUGCGCGGCAAGCCGGCCGCCGACGUCAACGUGCCCACCUGCUCGCUGUGCGGCAAGACUUUCUCGUGCAUGUACACGCUCAAGCGCCACGAGCGGACCCACUCGGGCGAGAAGCCCUACACGUGCACGCAGUGCGGCAAGAGCUUCCAGUACUCGCACAACCUGAGCCGCCACGCCGUGGUGCACACGCGCGAGAAGCCGCACGCCUGCAAGUGGUGCGAGCGCAGGUUCACGCAGUCGGGGGACCUGUACAGACACAUCCGCAAGUUCCACUGUGAGUUGGUGAACUCCUUGUCUGUCAAAAGCGAGGCCCUGAGCUUGCCCGCGGUCAGAGACUGGACCUUAGAAGAUAGCUCUCAAGAACUCUGGAAAUAAUUUUCUAUCUCUCUCUCUAUAUAAAUAAUAUAUAUAUCGACACGUACAUAUAUAUACAUAGAUCUCUAUCUAGUUGUGGUACGGUCUAAAAGCAGCCUUGUUUCCUGGAACUAAGACGUCGGGGUGUUGACUCGGUUUUGCACUUUAGAGUAGCAUGAGACUCUUGCUAAUUUAGCAUUCUGGUAAAAGAGACUCUGGAGCAAGUCGGAGACUAGAGAGGGCCUUUUCUUUCGAGGGGGCAGGGGGAGGAAGCCAAUAAGAACCUUUGAAACAGGUCGUCCUAUCACAAGAUGCUUUCACAGGGCUUCAUUUUGUCGACACUGCAUUGUCUUCUGAGCUCUCGCUCUCGCUCUCUCUCUCUCUCUCUCUCUCUCUUUCUCUUUUUCCACUUUGUUUUUGUUUUGUUUUGUUUUGUUUCGGAGUAGAGAUCCCCUCCAGUUUUAUUAGCCUCUCUAUAUGUCACAAAUUGCAUGAAUCUUUUCUGGCUGUUGGAAACCUGAAUGCUUUUAGACCCAAAUGGGAGAUUUCUGAGAUGCUGGAUUAUCUAUUUUUAAACAAGCAGUUGACUUAAAACUUUCUGUGGCAACUUCUGGUUUCCUGACGGUUCCCAAUGAGAGAAAUGCGGAAAGUACACUGGGCUCACUGGGACGCUGUCUUUGUGAAGGUUUGCUUGGGAUGGAAAAGGAUACUGCAGCUCCAGCAGUGUUGAACUGUGUGUUGAAAAAUGUGAAUUACUGUUCUUGUAUACUGUAAUUGAUUACACGGGCUGGGGGGGGUGUCAAAGAACUUGACAGGUUGUGUUGAUGCUCUUAGUUGAGUCUUGAAAAGUAAAUAUUAACGCUACAGAAAUGCAUGAGUUUCAAUAUAUUUUUUGUCUUUGUUUGCAUUGUAUAACUUUAACGAGUGAGUUUAAAAUUAUUUAAUUUCCUUAGAAAAACAAAAUAGCACCGUUUGGGGAAAAAAAACCUGGUGUUAUGAAGAACGUAAAUGCACUGUUUUUAUUUUUAUUUUAUAUAAUUUAAAUUGACUUUCCCACUGUCUUUAAGUUGAAACUGUUAAGCUGAAUAAAAACUUAAGCUGCAAAUUGAUAACUUCGCUACAUAACAAGGAAAAUAUAAAUGUUUACAAACGGCUUAAAGAUUUGCAUGUGCAGUGUGCAUUUGUAACAGACUUCUGAUUGCACAGAACCCAUGCCAGCUCAAAGUUUAGGGGUACACAUUUACCCAGUGGAGCAUUUUUAGAAUAACUACUGCACAAAUUGACAAUAGGUCAUUCUCUCUUUUUUUUAUUUUUGUUUUUGGGGUUUUUUUUUUUUUUUGGCUCCCCUUUCUUUUUCUCCCCUUCUUCCUUAACCCUCCCUCCCUCCCCUCCUUCAUCAUCCCCCCCCCAACACCCACCCCCACCCCCCACCCCAACUCAUGAAAAGAUUCUAUGGACUGAAAAAGCCCCGGGCUGAAAGGACUGGCCUGCCUUGAUUGACGUGGGGAAGGUGGGGAAGGGGGUUAGUAGACUAUGUGUAUCACGCAGCACAGGCUGCAGCCCGACGUGUGGUUUUUAAUGACCAGCGCACAGGGCAAAAGCAUUUUGCACAGUGUUUGUUUUCCUGUCUUGCACUUACAAAUAAGGUCUAUGGGAGUAGCAUGGAAAACGUUUGCUGUUUUUCCCUUUUUUUUUUUUUUUUAAUUGCUUUUGUUUAAAAUUUGAUCGCCUUAACUACUGUAAACAUAGCCUAUUUUUGUGCUUAAGAUACUGAAUGGAAAACUCCAUUGUGUGUUGCUGGACUGUUUUGGAAAUAUUUGGUCAAAUGUGUGUUAAUUUGGCUGUAAUGGCAUUUAAAGCAAACAAACAAACAAAAAAAGCUGUGAAAAUGGCCUUGGAGCAUUAUCUUUAGUUACUUGAAGAGUUUCUAGUUUGUUGUUUUUUUUUUAAAUACAGUUUAUGUUAAAAUAAUUUUUAUUAAUUUAGAGGAGACAAUCAAUGUCUGAGAAAACGGACUUUCUUUUGGAUUUUCUUUUUGUGGUCAUUGUGAGUGAUUGCUUUUCCCUUUUAUUAGUUUCACAUUCUUCCUUUGUUCUAAAACUUAGACUGACAUCUAGCUUUGACAAUCAUAGUAUGUUUUAUUUUCCUGAGGGGGGAAUAACUUAUAAUGCUGUUUAGUUUUGUACUAUUGGUGUGUUGGUGAAUUUUUAAACUGUGUGCUAACUGCAAUAAAUUAUAUGAACUGAGAA